AGCGGCUCUGGUAGAGCGACAUCCACGGAGAGUGGAGGAAAGAGAGAGAGAGAGCGCAGCGCGGCGGACGGGUGGAUGACGACAGACUGUCAGAAUGCGUGAAUACAAACUGGUUGUUUUAGGAUCAGGAGGCGUCGGCAAGUCAGCGCUGACUGUCCAGUUUGUUCAGGGAAUCUUUGUUGAAAAAUACGACCCGACGAUAGAGGACUCGUACAGGAAGCAAGUGGAGGUCGAUGGACAACAGUGUAUGCUGGAGAUCCUGGACACAGCAGGAACAGAGCAGUUCACGGCGAUGAGGGACCUGUACAUGAAGAACGGUCAGGGCUUCGCUCUGGUUUACUCCAUCACGGCUCAGUCGACCUUUAACGACCUUCAGGACCUCAGAGAGCAGAUCCUCAGAGUGAAGGACACCGAGGACGUGCCGAUGAUCCUGGUCGGGAACAAAUGCGACCUGGAGGUGGAGCGAGUCGUGGCCAAAGAGUCCGGCAUCGGCCUCGCGCGCCAGUGGAACUCCUGCGCCUUCCUGGAGACUUCGGCCAAGAGCAAGAUCAACGUCAACGAGAUUUUCUACGACCUCGUGCGACAGAUCAACAGGAAGAGUCCAGUCAAUGCAGGCAAAACUCGCAGAAAGUCCAACUGUCAGCUUCUCUAAUGACAGUUUCCUGCUCACCUGACCGACAACCAACCAACCAACCAACCAAUCACGGGACAUCUUCCAGCUGGCCACGCCCCUUUAACAUAGCCACAUCAUCAUCAGCCACCACCUCUGACCUCUGUUACCACGACGACCACACCUCCUGCACCCCCACCCCCUCUCACGGAGACUGUUGCCGUGGCUGCGUUUAAACCAAACAUCAACAAAACUGCAGCGUUGAUGAUGACGAAGAUGUUACUGCAGGAAUUCGGGGGAAUGGGGGGGAGGGGCGGAGCUGUUCAAACAUCUGCCCAAAUGUAAACUACGGUUCCCAUCGUGCUCUCUGCUUGGCCAUUUUGCGCUGGGGGAGUGGCUUCUUGCUUUUAUUUUGUUUUUAAAUGUUUAUUGUUUCCUUUUUUCUCGUUUUUUUUUCACAGAGUCGCUCACUCCUUUGCCGUCGGCCAUGUUGGUUCCGCCGUUACCGUGGUGAUGUUGUAGCUAAAAUGGCUGACUGGUGUGUGUGUGGCUCUGGUUGAACCUGUGGAUUCAUACAGUGAUUCUUCUUCUUAUUAUUAUUAUAGUGGUUAUAAUUAUGAUUAUGUGUGUAAAAAUAUAAAAUUAAGUUCAUGUUUUUGUUUUUUUGGGGGGGUCCGGGGGGGUUAGCAUGCAGCAGGCGGGGUGGCAGCUCACGGUGUUGUUAGCUUUGUGCUACAUUGAGUUAGCUGACCACUUAUCUUGUGAAAGGGAUUGCUAACCCUGCUAAUUCACUGUUAUUGACAUGUUAGCCUAGCAGCUAUUCAAGUGUAUUGCCAUUUGUGGUGUGUUAGCAUACCCCUCAAAAUGGUUAUAGCACCUGUAAGUGUAGCUACCGUUCAUACCUGCUAGCGUUAGCCAUCCAUCUUGCUAGACUUUAAUGUGAAAGAGAAAAACAGUUAGCCGAUUAUGUCAGGGAAUGCUAAUGCUAAUUUUUAUUAUAAUUAUUAUGUUGAGGUAGUUGUUAGCAUUCCUUGCACAAAGAGGUGUAUAUUAGCUAAUAUUCCAGUGAUAGCGUGAGCAGUCGCUAGCAAUACUAACACACUUCUUUACAGGAGCACUAGAAUUGUUAGCAUGUUCACAUAAAAUAAUGUUGUGAAGCCAUCUUGUCAGGCUUCCGGUAUGAGCCGCUUUGAAGUGGGAUUGGAAUGCUAACGGUGGCGCUCGCAUACUGGUUUGUGGAGAGCUUUAGCUGUGUUAGCUUUUUCUGUAAAUAAUUGUAAAAGUAACGGCUGCUGUUAGCCUGCAUGCUAGCUAGCUUGUGGCGCCCUUGAAAUAUAAAUGCGAUAUUUUGUGUUUGUGUGUGUGCGCGUGGAGGGGAGGAUGCUAAUGCUAACAAUUCUAGACUCCUAAAAUGAACUAAUAAACGGUAACUUCAGGCUAGCUGGUUAACGGCACGUGAGCUGACCUCUGACCUGCUGCUCAGGGCGGACGUGUUGCCUUUAAGACAGCAGACUCACACUGGUCCAGUACUUUUUGCUCUGUGUGUGUGUGUGUGUGUGUGUGUGUGUGUGUGUGUGAGUAACUACAGUGAACUGGGCCCGUUUCUAUGACGACCAUUGGCC